AGCUGACAAUGGACCCAGCGGGCGUAGCUACGUCGCUGCUGGUUUUGCUGGCAGCAAAUAACUCCUCGAUACUCGACUGUGUCUGUAACCACGUCGCCAACGUCACCGACGAAAUGAGUUACGGCGAUGGACUGAUGUGGGAGACGUACUGCCAAGACCUCGGAAAUUAUUAUCUGUUCGAAACGUGCGAGAACCUGGAGGCGCCGUCCGUCGCGGUGCCGGCCGCCACACGGCUGGUGCCGCGCAGAGGCCACGAGCCGCCGCCCGCGGAGGACGAGGAGUGCGGCCGCGCCCUCGCGGAGGUUCGCUACUUCACGGAGGACAGCUCCAGGGAACUCAACAGGGGCCUCAUCCGCAGCAUCGCUGCCGACUGCAUUCGCUCUUGCUCUGUACAAGGGUUGGAUGACAUGGAAUGGAACCUGGAGACACUGCAAACGGAUCGGCUGAGGGGUGCGACCCUCACCAAGUUACUGCACGCUGUACAGCAGAUCACAAGAGCCAUAAACCACAGGAAUCGCCUUGUCUUGGAUUAUAAUUGGGAAUUUCUUCAUAAUGACCAGAACCUCAGCAAAACUGAAUUACAGGCCGAGAUACCGGUCUUCCUGGAGCACCUCUCUGACUACUGGCGGGACUCGGCGCAGCUACUCUCACUGGGUGUGAAACAUUUCUCUCAGCUGCUCGUCCCCCUCGCUUUCGAACACAUGGGUAUCCACUCAAAUGAUCUGCAACUCCACGGAUGGAUUAACAGCAUGAAACAUCUGAGAGACAUGCUGCACACGAAAUUAAGCGGCUGGGUUCGUGAUGUGCAAUCCGUCAGCGAGCAGAUGGCGUACUACAAAGUAGAAGAGCACAAUAACAGACCUGGGACUUAUAUACUUAGGUAA